AUGUCUACCCAACGGAUUGCAUUCAAGGUCAGUGGCACCGUUCAAGGUGUCGGCUUCCGGGACUUCACACAGAAGCGUGCAUCCGAGUUUGGCUUAAAAGGCUGGGUGAGAAAUACCAACUGUGGACGGGUCGAAGGACAAGCCCAAGGAACGCCUGAGUCCAUUCAAAAACUGCUCAAGGAAAUCAACAAUGGCCCACGACUCGCACACGUUGUUAAAGUGGAGAAGAAAGAUCUUACCGUUCAGGAUAGUGAGACCCAUUUCGGUGUCAGGCGGACCACUGAGUCGGCCUUUGAUGCUACGAACUGA